AUGAUGACAUGUGGUGUCAGUGGCGACAGUACAAAAAUAUAUAUACAUAUUAAAAAUUUCGGAGUAAAUAUACCUAAUUUUUUUUGGAGGGGCAGCAGCCCCCCUUUGUCACCUCCUGUGUCCGCCACUGUCUGGUGUGGUGUUGAGGAUCUCAACGCCGAACAAUUAACUGGGAAGAUAUAAAUUACUCCGUAGCUUUUAAUUACGUAUAAGCUGAUAGAUAAUGAGUAUGGUUCUGACUCAAGUACUUGCACAGAUAUAAUACUACGUAAUACUCACCGCAUUUGGGAGAUUUACCUAUUGUGGCAUCCUUUAUCCACAAGUUGAGCUACGCCUACGGGCUCUACAAGUGCUAUUAUUGUAUCUCUUCCUCCAUACCACGUACAAGAACUUGUGCAUUAUAAAUUAGUUAUUUCUUCAAUCUUCAUGAUUGAUUAUUAUAAAUUAAAGUUUUUAAACGAUUUAAUUUAAAGUUGUAGUAUAUAAUUACAUAGAUUGCUUUGAAUUGGCUCCUUGAUUAGCCUUGCAUGCAUGUUACUGAGCACGUAUAUAAUAUCGUACGUUAACGUUAUUACAUACGGAGUCGUACGUAGUGUUCAUUAUUAAGUGUUUCGUAUUUCUGACACUAAUAAAUUUGAGAGAACACAUUCAUAAGCUAAGAAAGCUCUAUCCAUCAUCAAUGGCACAAUUACCUCCGAGAGCUCCAAACGUGACACCCACUUGGCACGACUUUUCUCUCCAGAAGCCGCCGGCCACGGCGGUCCCGUCGCUCACGCCGUCGUGGGUCGACGAGUUCCUCGACUUCUCGUCCGUCAAGCGUGGCUCUCACCGGAGGUCGAUCAGCGACUCCAUCGCGUUCUUGGAGAGCCCGAUGGCGGAGGAGUGCCGGCGGCUGUCCACCCCCGCCGGCGGCGGGGGUUCCGGGAUGAACGGGAACGAGUUCGACCGGUUCGACGACGAGCAGCUCAUGUCCAUGUUCAACGACGACAUCGCGAAUUCGGUGGGGCCCACCAGCUCCAACACGUCGUCGCCGUCCGAUCACAACAGCAACAGCAACGAUGAUAAUGUGAAGGCGAAGAGCGGCGGCGCCGACCACCUCCGCCUCUACCAGACGCCGCCGCAGUUCAAGAGGGAACCGGAGGAAGUGGAAAGCUCAUGCAAGUCCGAGGAUCAAACGACGACCACCACGGCCCAUGAUGCGGCGGAUUACUCAUCGGAAAAGAUAGUUGAUCCAAAAAGAAUUAAGAGGAUAUUGGCAAACAGACAAUCAGCACAACGAUCAAGAGUGAGGAAAUUGCAGUACAUAUCGGAGCUAGAGCGUAGUGUUUCCACUCUACAAGCGGAGGUUUCAGUACUGUCACCGAGGGUCGCAUAUUUGGACCACCAACGUCUAGUUCUGAAUGUAGAUAACAGCGUCCUCAAGCAAAGAAUCGCCGCUCUUGCCCAAGAUAAAGUCUUCAAAGAUGCUCACCAAGACGCAUUGAAAAGGGAAAUAGAGAGGCUGAGGCAAAUUUAUUACCAGCAGAACUUAAAGAAUAUGGAAGAUAAUGGUACACAACCACCCCCUGCUGAUCCGUCUAAUUGUUCUGAAAAGAAAGAGCAACUUGCCCAUUGAUGAAGGAAAUUAAAGAGAGAUGUUUUCAGUGGAGGAGAAAAAGAAGAGUAGUGCAUUUAUGUAUGACAAGUGGAACCUACAAAGAGUUUCUAUGCAUGAGGGGCAAGAUAAGGUCACUUAGAUGUCUGCAGGCAGCCUCCCCCCACCUUACCCAAAGGAGGGACCAUCAAUCCCACCAUUACAGUGCUCUGCAACAUUUGGGCAUGGGUAGUUUAUUUUUUGUAUUUUGUGUUUCUGAGUGUUUCAUUGGUUUUUUAAUUGAAAGCCAAGUGAUCCAGUGUUUUCUGAUGCAUUCCCAUAUCUCUGUAACUCUUCUUUUUCUUCUUCAUUCAUUUGAUCCUUUCUUUUGGGAUUCUUUGUAUGACAUAUUAAUGAGCUCCCUUGUCAAAGGGAGGAAAAAUUGUAAAUAUUCAAUCAUUUGUUAGUAUAAAUGCUCCACAUUAAUAAUUUUUAGAGCAAGGUUCAGAAAAUGCCAAAGCAUCUUUCAAGAGACUCAGGAUAUUAUUGUCAAGUCCAUAUUUGUAUCCAAUUUUUUCACUAAAUAUAUCCAUAUCUCUAGCUUAU